UGCAUCCUUGCCGUCUAAAUGCAAGCAAUGCACAGCGGAACCUUUGUUCGAUGUUUACGUUUAGAGCCGGAAAUACAAGUGCGACGGACGAGCAUGGGUACCCAAGCUGCUGCACGUCGGGGUCUUCUGUGGAGUCUGAGAAGCAACCCCUCCUCUGUAUUCAGUCCACUUCAGUUUGGGUCAUGUCAUCUCCAGCCUCUGUGCAUCCGCUGCAGACUGUUCUGUUCCUCCAGCAGCCAGACUACUCGAAAGUCAACUCAACACGACUUCAGUGAGCUAACCUCUCUGUCCAUAAAGCCAGUCACAGAGCUGUCCCAGGACUCUCUCUGUGAUCUGGGAUUCACAGACACUCAGGCAGAGCAGAUCUCUGAUGCCAUAUCUAAAAUCAGAGGAGGAAACGCUGCCAAACAUGCUCCUUCAACUCUCACAGCUCUCUUUUUUUUGGGCCUCAAUCCCUCCAGUGUGCUCAAACUGCUAGAAAAAUGUCCUGAGCUCUUCACUGUGAAGGAGUCUCUGCUCCAGCAGCGGAUAGGCAACCUGCGCAAACUGGGUUUGGUUGAAGGCAGUCUUCAACGAGUGGUGGCCUAUUACCCCCAGAUCCUCACGGUGCCUUUGAAGACAAUAAAAUAUGUGGUGAUGUUCCUCAGAGAGAGGUGCCUGUUUACGGUCCAGCAGGUCACAGACAUCCUCAGAGAAAGUCCAGCUGUAGUAGUGGAAAACACCAGUCAACUGGAGUACAAGUUUCAGUAUGUCUACUUCCGAAUGGGCGUCAAACAGGCCCAGAUGGUGAAGUCCAGGUUGUUCCGUUUCCCUCUGGACGAAGUGCGCUGUCGACACUGUUUUUUGGAGCGCCGGGGCCUGUAUGAGACCCCCGACAAGAAAGGACAGACCAUGAUCGUCAACCCCAGACUGGAAAGCAUCCUCAAUGUCAGCGAGGACACCUUCCUCACAGAUGUUGCCAUGGCGUCAGCAGAGGAGUUUGAUGUUUUUAAAAGACUGUUGGUGAGAGAAUGGCAUGAGGAAGAAGUGGAGCGGACGGGCAGCAUUGAAGCUGAUAGUGAUGAUGAUGAUGCAGAGGAGGUGGAAGAUGAGGAGGCUGGACGAAGAAGUGCAUACAAGAACAGAAGAAAGAAAUAACAGUUGGGGAGAGGAGAUGAGACAUAUCCAAGAGGGACUAAUGAACUAAUGAACUAUUGGUUUUGGAUGUUUUUGAAUUCAGGUUUGUCAUUCGUUGCUAAAGAAAAUAAUCUGAGAGGCAGAAACAUUAUGGUUACUGUUUCUGAGCUUGUUCUCUGAGUUACAACUUGUAGCCACAAACUUUGUUUAAAUGCUCUUUUAAUUCACAUUAAACUAUGAUUUUGACUUUCUUUAA